CUCAUUCUCAUCUACUAUCUUCUAGUCUUCUACUGUUACCACAAAAACAAAAAAAGAAUACAAUAAAAAAAAAAACAACACUCUGCACUCUGCAGUCACUCCAAGACUCACGAGGCUGGAGCCGACGACACUGGAUUCAGGUUGAAGAAGAAGAUGGGUGAUGAGAAAGAUCAAGACAAAGAAAGUGUUGUUGUUGUAAUGGAUACUCCGGAAAGAACCCAGAUCGCUACUCCACUUUCUAAAUUCGAGGAUUCCCCAGUCUUCAAUUAUAUCAAUAGUCUUUCACCUAUCAAGCCCGUUAAAUCUGUGCAUUUCACACAGACAUUUAGUGCCUUAAGUUUUGCAUCCCUUCCAUCUGUUUUCACUUCGCCUCAUGUCAGUUCCCUCAAAGAUUCUCGAUUCCUAAGAAGGCACCAGUUUUCCGAUCCAUCGAAACCGGAAAAUACUUCCGAAGAUGCAAAGAAAGCCGAAAUCAACGAAGGGAAUCCAAACACCACUCAGAACCAAUUAAAUCAGCAAACGGAAUUUAAUUCCAAUUCCGUUUCCGAACUGUUGUGCCAUCAAACAGGCCCUCAAAUCUUGAAUCAAGAAAAUUAA